AAUCGCAGAAGACGUGUCGAUAGUAACAUACGGCUAUAAAAUAUUAUAUUAUCGCGAAAAUCUCGAAACAAACGACUGUAAAAGUAGCUUGUGUAUUAAAUGAUAGAUAACUAAAAUUUUGACUUCAUUAAUUAAAAAAAAAAUUGUGAAUAGGCAGAAUCGUGAUCGAAGUUUAUUUUCAUUGUCGAUGUAAACAAAAGAGCUGUGUUGUUAUAACAAUGUGUUUGUUGCGGUGAAGGGGCGUGAAUGAGGUUCGUGCCGGACUGUAUCGCGAGGACUUUUAAACGAAAAUACUGGAGGAUGAGCGGCGUCAGUCGAGAUGCCCCUGUGGGCAUACAACUCAUUCAGAAACUUAGCAACUAUUGCUGUCCUAGACUUCAGAUCAACCGACUGCGAUGGUACCAAGGUUCGGUUCUCGUGUUGACAUUCUUCACGUACAUGACAUACCACUUGACACGCAAACCGAUAUCAGUAGUGAAGAGUGUGUUACAUCAGAACUGCUCAGCGUUAGUGCCUCCCCCGGGAACCGAUCCCAAUGACGAUCAGUGGUGUAACUGGGCGCCGUUUAACACGGCGGACGCGAACACGUUGCUGGGCACGUUGGACUCAGCGUUCCUGUUCUCCUACGCGGGCGCCAUGUUUGUUUCAGGUAUGGUAGCGGAGCGCGUGGACCUGCGCUACUUCUUGUCGCUGGGUAUGCUGACGUCUGCCAUAUUCUGCUACCUGUUCGGCAUCGGACGUACUUACAAUGUGCACAACAUCUCGUACUAUCUGCUUGUGCAGGCGGGCGCGGGUAUCGCCCAGACGACGGGCUGGCCGGGCACGGUCGCGAUAGUCGGCAAGUGGUUCGGCAACAGUAAGAAAGGACUCAUCUUUGGGAUCUGGAACUCACACACGUCGCUCGGGAAUAUACUGGGUACAAUAAUGGCGGCGGAGUACGUGGACUCGGACUGGUCGCUGUCGUUCAUAUACCCUGGUCUGGUGAUGGGUGCCGUGGGCGGCGUGGUCUGGCUGUUCCUGGCUCCAGACCCUCGACACCUGGGUCUCGCCGCCGCCGUCAAUGGCAGGAACUCUCCUUCGCGUCAGGCGACGCGCUCCGAUGAAGAGGACGAAGGUGACGAAGAUGAGGAGUCAUCCGUCAUCGUUGGCGACCAGUCGGCGAGUCUCCGGCCCAACAGACAUUCAGCUAAUGCAGCGCAUGACGAUAUAUCAGAGCGCACGUCGCUCCUCCGGUCCUCGUCCCCGGACAGCGCGGUGUCCCUCGGCCGCGCGCUCCGCAUCCCCGGCGUUGUCGAGUUCUCACUGUCUCUGUUCUUCGCCAAGCUAGUCAGCUACACGUUCCUGUACUGGCUGCCUUCUUAUAUCCGGUAUACCCUGCCGAACCUGUCGGCCCGGCAGUCGGGCGAGCUGAGUACAGUGUUCGACGUGGGCGGGGUGCUGGGCGCCAUCGUGGCCGGGCUCGUGGCAGACUGCAGCGCGGCGCCCGCGCUCGUCUGUGUCUGCUUCUACUGCGCCUGCGCACCCAUGCUAUUCCUAUAUCAAUGGUGGGGAGGCACCUCGUAUCUAAUGUCAGUAAUUCUACUGGUGAUGACGGGCUCGCUAGUGAACGGCCCGUACGCACUAAUCACCACAGCUGUCAGCGCCGAGCUUGGCACGCAUCACUCGCUCGCGGGGAACAGUCGCGCGUUGGCUACUGUCACCGCUAUUAUAGAUGGAACUGGCAGUCUCGGUGAGAUAGCAUACACGGAGAUGUUAAAGAUAAAACAAGAGAGACGUAUGGCAUCGCCGCCGCGAGUCCGCGUCGAGUGAACGCACAGUAUACGCACCGUAACCGCGCAGUAAACGCACAGUUACUGUGUUAAUUGUAAUUAUUCUAUGAUUAGGACAAAUUGUUAAAAUCCAUACAGUAAGCGUACGAUAUCAGCGCAGUGUACGCACAGUCACCGCGCAGUAGACGCAGGUACCGUGUCACUUUCUAUAGAAAUAAAAUAGGGCUACUAUAUUUUUACUUACCAGGUGGCGCUAGUGAGAACCUCUCGCUCUUUGUCUAACAGGGAAUUAGCUAACUAGUGUCACACCCAUCUAUAUAUAUACUAAUGGGCAUGCCGUACGCGUAUAAUCUGCAGUAUUUUUUUUGGUUUGAAAAGGGUGAGAGAGAUGACCUAUGCUUUCGGUCUAGCGCUACCUCUUUCUCGCUCAUAACGUCUUAACCACGGUACUAUUUUAAGAGAGAUAACCUCUCUUUCUUUCGGAGUGCCACAAUUCUCAUCUCUAAGGCAUGUCCAUUGCCGAUUCGGAGUCGCGGAGAACCUAACGGGUAACCGGGGCUCCGGCUCGACGUGCAGGAGAAGGAACGGGGUGGUUUUUAGUCAGUAAGAGUCUGACACUCCCUCCCGCCUCACCCAUUAAAAAAAAAGAGACAUGUCCAUUAGUAUAUGUCGAUGGUCACACCAUUCCACGUUCAAUAUUUGACAGCAGCUGUGAUUGGACAGAAAAAUCUUGCUACAUGCGCGCCAUCUAGUGAGUAACUAAUUAGUAAAUUUUAAAUUACACAUUAUGACAGUACAUCUUUAAUAUGUAGUUUUUUUUUUUGAAUAUAUUUAUAAUUUGUAGGCAAAUUUUGUUGAUGUUAGUACCAAAUAGUUGACUUACUUAUCAUAUUAUGAAUGGAAUUUUUGUAAGUUUGUCUGUCUCAAAUACGUCUAAACAGCUGAAGAGAUCGGGAUUAAAUUUGUAACAGGGGUAGAUUAUGGUCUGGAAUAACACAUAGGCUUUUAACCCACGGGUACACGGGCAAAACCGCUGGUAGAAGCUAGUUGUCUUAAUAUUGAUCUCUUUAUCUACACAGUUGACGAAAACCAAGUUCAAAUUGAUCAACUUAAACAUGAGUAUCUGAUAAAGUCAAAAUCGUUUAUUUAAAUUAGACCAAUCAGGCAGUUUCGAACGUCAACAAAAAAGUAAAAGUGAAGCUAUUUGCUCAUUCCAAGGUGUAGGGUCCUAUGGAGAAGAUCGAGCAAGAAACUCCAUAUUUUUUCUCUAUCUAUCAACAAAUUCUAUCUAUAAUUUUUUUUAUCAUAUAACGCUGAAGAGUUUCAUUGUUUGAAUGCGCUAAUCUCAGGAACUACUGGCCCG